AGAUCAGCCGAUCCUGAAUAAACACACUUGGGAUCGGCCACAAAUGCCCAGGCUAUCCCCAGGGAACAAGCAGACCUUGAAGAGACCUUAGCCUCCAGUCUGCUGUUUCCAGAAUCCUGAACCAGGUCUGACGAGUUUCUGGAUUUUUCUGAGUGAAAGUCACUGGUUUUGUGUUGUCUACUUGCGUCACCCUGCUCUGGGGGAAAGAAAGAUUUCUUUCUGGGUGGAAAUGGAAGCAGAUCAUCUCUGUGACUUUGUUUCUUGUCGGAGAGCAGGAAGCCCUGUGACUCCGGCCUGAGCAGGCGUGUCCAGGUCACCACAGCACGAUGGACCACACACCCCUCAUCUGUGACUACGGUUCUGGCUUCAGCAAGGUGGGCUUUGCAGGAACCGAGGCCCCUAGGGCUGUCUUUCCCACCAUCCUCGGGAACCUGAAACAUAACAACCUACUGGUAGGGGUGGAAGAAAAAGACUGGUUCAUUGGAGCUGAGGCCCGGAAUAACCUAGAAAAGCUGAACCUGCACUACCCCAUCACCCGGGGAGCCAUCACCAACUGGGACAAUGUGGAGAAGAUUUGGCAUCACUCCUUCUACCAGGUGCUCCACGUCGCCCCCGAGCAGCACCCUAUAAUGAUAACAGAGCCACCGCUAAACAGCACAGACGUUAAAUGUAGAAUGACUCAGAUCCUAUUUGAAACCUUCAACGUCCCCGCUCUGUACAUGGCUAAUCAAGGGGUCCUCUCCAUGUACGCUGCUGGCAGAACCUCUGGAACAACUAUUGAAUCUGGAGAAGGGAUGACAUACUUCGUGCCUAUCAUCGAUGGCUAUCCUUUGCAACUGUCAUCUACCAAGCUGGACAUAGCUGGUCAAGACCUGACCGCAUACCUCCUGAAGCUGCUCUCAGACAGCGGGAGCUUGUUGGUGAGCACAGCCGACCGUGAGUACAUCCGAGACCUGAAAGAGAAACACUGCUAUGUGGCCCUGGACUAUGACUUGGAAGUGUCAAAAAACAUAGUACCCUCCCAACAGAAGAAAUUCCAGUUGCCCGAUGGCAAGGAAGUCAACCUGGAUCAGGAGGCACUCACGUGCUCAGAGGCGCUCUUCAACACCAGCCUCAUCGGGAGAAACAACCCGGGCAUUCACAUGCAGGCCCAGCAGAGCAUCACGUCCUGCGACCACUCCCACUGGAAGACUCUUUUUGGUCAUAUCAUGCUGUCUGGUGGCACUGGUGCCUUCUCAGGUCUACGACUCCGACUGCAGAGAGAGAUAUCAAAGCUGGUCUCUCCAGACGUGUGUGUGAAGGUGGCCACCUCUCCAUAUGCCAAGUAUGGUGCCUGGGUAGGUGCCUCCAUCUUGUGCUCUCUCCCUAUGUUCAAGAACAUGUGGGUCACAAGUCAUGAGUAUAGGGAAAUUGGCCCUUCCAUCAUGUGUAGAAGAAACCUCUGACCAGUGGCUUUCAGGUUGAAUCAUCUGGACCAACAUCACCAUGCCCAGGCUGAGCCUCGGCCUUCCUGAGCGGACCACAGUUAGAACAAGCUUACAGCAAGGCCCCCUUUCUCCUGGAAGACAAUAAAAGCAUGCAACAGGGCUGA